AUGGCGCCAAUACCAACUCUCUUUCGCGCUGCCUAUGGCAUCACCAAGCUCAUCUACCGGCGCCAGGACCGGACCCUCCCUCUCGGCGGCAUCCCCACAACGCCAGAUGAACCCGAACCCGAACCCGAACCCGACCCUGGACCAGACAUUGUCAUCUUCCCGACUGCCUCAUACUCCGGCCCCCCUGCCCCAACGGUAACCUGGACCAGCCCCGACGAUCUGGAUGGCAACACUCCCCCCGUUGGAUCUCUCUACGGGUCGGGGGAUAUAUCACCGUCCCCGGGCAUCAUUGUCGCAAUCACGCUGGGCGCGGUAGCAGCCUUUGUGGUGCUGCUGGCGUUGCUGUACUUUGCCUGUCUGUACUGUUGGUGCUUCAAGGGGGCGAGGAGGCCAAGAUGGGUUACUUCAUAUGUGAAAGUUGUCAGGAGGAAGGAGAAAAAAAGGAGCAAAAAGAGGGUGAGGAGGAGAAGUGGCGGUGCGAGGGUGACGCUGGAGGUGAGGGAACGUAGGGAGAGCGUGAGCAGCAGGAGUAGUAGCAGCGGAAGCAGCAGUAGUAGCAGCUCCAGCUCCAGCAGCUCUAGCAGCUCCCACAGCCGGCGAGGAAGGAGAGGCUUCUUUAUCGUCCCCCCACCUCGCGUGCGGCGUGCUCCUGAGCGUCGCUCGACGGCGACAAUGGUUGAGGUCGAGCGCCGUACGAUGAGGACGUCAACGACGGGAGGAGCAGGAGCUGCUGGAUCAGGAAACCCUAACGCCCCACCGCCAGCGGUUGUUCCCAUCUCGCCGCCGAGUAGCAUGAGUGGGAGCAGUGUGGAUGUGGUGGAGUCGCCGUUGGCGGCGAGGGCAAUGGGUCGUGGUGGUGUUGGUGGUGGUAGUAGAGGUAGUGGUGUGCCAGGGUUCCAGCCAGUUGAUCCAGCGAGAGUUGGGGGAAGGGUAAGAGGAAGAGGAAGUGGGAACGUUGAGAUUCGGACUGCAAGGCCGCGGUGA